GCUAUGGAAGGCAGCCGCGGGCUGCUGCGGUACCACAGGGAACGCUUUUUUAUUGUUUUUUUUUUUUUUUUUCCCCAUUUUGGAACAUGGUGUGAAGUGAAAGAUGCCAUAUUUUUGAAGUCUAGAAUGCGUACGAAGUGUAUUUGGAAGAUGGUAUAAUAUCUUGGUGGCUGCAAGGAGCGUCAGUAGAGCAUCAAGGAGCAGAGAAACUGGAGCCUCGGCGUAGAGGAUGAGCAGGAUGUUUGUGACCAUUAAGAAGCUGACGACAAAAUGUAGAACCCAACGCAGAAGCAGUAUGGUGCCACUGAUAGUUCUAGCACUGAUUUUACUGGGACUUAUUAUUCCUUUUGGGCGCAAGACAAGUAAAAAGUCAUAUCAAGAGGUCGUGGAUGAAAAUCAUAGACAGCUUGUACAUUCCCAUGUAAAAGCCAUAUUGGACAAAAAGUGCAGACCUGCUUUCACCAGGAGUGAAAUGAAAUCAAAGUUCAAAUGGCCUGGUCAGGUGAAGGACUACUUCUUGAGGGAGGCUUCACCAACAGGCCCCAUGUUUAAGUACCCGCCGCCUUUUGGCUUCUACAACAUGAAGGACAAACUGCACGAGAUCUUAAGCCUGCUUCCCAAGUCUACUGGCCAAGAAAGUUCUGGAAAUGCAUGCCAGCGCUGUGUGGUCGUUGGCAACGGAGGAAUACUGCGUGGCCUUCGGCUGGGGUCACUCAUCGAUCAGUUUGAUAUUAUUAUAAGGCUGAACAGCGGUCCUGUACAAGGUUUCAGCAAAGAUGUAGGCACCCGAACCUCCAUCAGGAUGAGCUACCCUGAAGGCAGUCCCACAGCCUGGGAAGACCAAGACCCAAGGCUUCUAUUUGUGGCUGUAGUCUACAAAUCGGUAGAUUUCAAUUGGCUCAGAGCGAUGAUCACCAGGAAACAAGUGUCUUUUUGGGAUUGGCUGUUCUUCUGGCAGAAAGUGCCGAGUAGAAUCCCAAUUGAGCUAUCACAAUUCCGCAUCCUCAACCCAGAGAUCAUCAGGGAAACGGCCCUGGACCUCCUGCAGCUGCCAGCCCCACGAAUCCGACUGUGGGGGUGGGACCAGAACGUGCCCACCCUGGGUUUCUCGGCUCUCACCCUGGCCAGUUACAUGUGUGACGAGGUGAGCAUCGCUGGCUUUGGGUACAAUUUAACUGAUGAAAACGCCUUGCUUCACUAUUACGACACGUUACCCAUGCGUGUGAUGCUGAAGCAGUCCAUGCACAACGUGAACCGCGAACAUCUCCUUCUGAAGAGUCUGGCAGAGGCCGGAGUUAUCUCGGAUCUCACGGGUGGGGUGCACUGCAGCUUCUGCUCCAGGUGACAAGAAGCCGUCGGACUGUGGAAAGACUUGAGAGGAAGACGCUGCAAAACACUGCACUGCACAAUGCGACUGCUGCUACUGUAAUGCGACAAUUUGUUCAUUGACCUCCACCUGAAGGGGUCAUUGAAAUUGGAGAAGUAACUUGAAAUCUUGUUGUCGUUUGUAAAACAUUUUAAUCGACAUUGUCAGUUAAGUUCUCUUUUAAUUUGCUGUUAUCGGAACAAGGUAGGUUUGUAUCAUGGAUCCAGUGACAGGAGCGUCAUUUUGUGGGGCUGUUGACCAUAUAUGUAUUCACGUAUGUGUAAGAGUGAGUUCAUGUAAGCAGUAUGACCCAAGUUGAAAAAAUGGACCAAAAGUAUUCUACUCUGUUCAGUUCUGUAAUUUAUUUUUCAUGUUUUAAAGUGUAUGAAGUGUUUUUAUUACCCUUAUUGAUUAUACUUGUUAAAUGUGACAGAUAUUUGCAGCUUUGGUCAACAGGUAAGCUAACGUGUCAAUAUUAGUAUUUCAUUAUUAAUUAAUAAGCUUGUUAAUAUACUUAGUAAGCAUAAGUUUAUUAAUUUCAAGCUAGCACACACACACAAACGUUUAUAUAUAAAUAGCUUAUGGGUUUGCCAAAGAUACAUUUACACUUGAACUAUUUGCCUACGUCGAGAAGGCUGCCAUUGCUGUAUUGUAUCCAAACAUUUGCUGUCAUGUUGUAAAACGUGUUUAUGUAAAUGUUUUAUUUAAAAUGUAAGUGUUCUAAAAGAUCAAACUCAAUUCCUCAAAACUUUACCGGUGUCUUGAUUUCUUCAUUUUGUAUGUUGUAGAAGUUUUGUCUCACUGUAGUUUUAAUCCAGUUUUAUGCCGAUUUCUCUCUCCAUAUGAAAAUAUGCCAGUUGGAGAGAAACUCUGGAUCCUGCAGCACUUUUGGAAACGUAGUUUUUCCAGUUGUGUGCAGUGACGCGGCGCGGCCAGCGGGCGGCACCACUGAGCAACGCCAAGUCGUCAAUGUAGAGGUGCUGUCAACUCUUAUUUCUCAGGCUAUGAACAACUUGUCUUGCCUGUAUUCUUAAGUCUUUCAAGCAGAGGGUCAAUCAGGGAGGAGUUUGUUUGUGAAAGCAGACAUAAGAUGUACUUUGUGUUUUUGUGCUAUGAAGUGCGUCAUACACAAUGUGUUUUUUAAUU